AUGGCUUUUCACGAUGUGAUUGAGAAUGAAGAGCUACCAGGUACAUCCUGUCUCAUCCUGCUGCUCUGCCAAACACGCUCUUUGAUCGCGCCGUGUUUCUGGGUCAAGGGAGUUGAGUGUUUGGGGUUAAAGGUCAAGGGGCAGGUCAGAAAAUAAAUGGUCAUUCUCACAGUCGUGUGCAUUAAUCAUUUCAACAUUUUGGCUUUGGGUAUCGUUGAAUUAUUUGUUUCACUUUUUCAGCAUCACAUUAACUGAUCUGUACGGCUUGCCAAAGUAAUACUGGAAGGUUAUUUGUGAUGACCAACUAGCAAAGUAAUAAACCUUCAAACUGGGAGUUUCCUGCUCUGAUGGAUUUAUAGCCCAGCUUUAACACACAUCUGUGUCAAGGCCGCCUGGCUCAUCCAAUUUCAAGACCAUCACACCGCACGAGUGAUUGUUAUAGGCGCUAUAGUGGCGAGCUUUACUGCAAAAUUGCUCAGAUGAUCUUUGUGCCUCCAGAAGCUUGAUUUCCAUUUGUCCUUUCAAUCAGUUUUUUCAAUGUAUGAUGGAUUGGCACCAAAAUUUCUACUUGAAUUUACAGUUCUUUGGUGGGGGUUCAGUUCCUUUUGAGAAUUGAAACUGGACUUUUAAAAAACAUGUAAACACAUUAGUCCAGAUGAAAUUGCCAAAAAUUAAACUUCUCACAGCCUGACUAACAUACCUGAUAACGAGGCUGGGGAUCGACCGUAAGGGACAGUUUUUUUACCCUUACAAGUACAUCCUGUCAGCCUCUUGCUAAUGUAUUUUUAACGUUGCCUACUCUUUUGUUCGAUUCUUGUUCAGUGCUUGCAAAAUAGGACAAGAGAAGUAUCCAGUUAAAUCAGCUAAUUAAGUUUUGACUGUAGCUCGUUUUAACCGUGCUUGUAAACGUACUGAGUGACAAAAGCCUCAGACUUGCCUCAUCAUGAGACUGUAGCUCUAUGUAAAUUAUGUAAAUUAAACUGACACUUAUGUCCUCCUACAAAUUAACUUAAAAAUUUCUGAACAUUCAACUUUUUUUUGUUCGAGUUUCUACAAUUACUUGUGAGUACCAGCAUAGUAAAUACAAAAAUAAAUGCUAACAUGUGAACACCUUACACCGAGAUGAGGAAAUCAAAAACCGUACACCUUUAAAAUCCUCCACUGUUAUCAUUUUCAUCACAGGCUAUCCAGGACGCUUGGUCAAGAUCUUACAGACUCACUGAUCAGCCUGAGAGAAAUAUUGUCAUGGGUAAAUUUUCUUUAAAGCUUCUGUGAGAAACUUUGGCGCCCCCCUGCUGACGAACCACUUUUCGUCCUCUUCACGCACAAGUUAUGUCUACUGGUAAAAAAAAACCUUACGCUGUUGGCUUUUGACUGUCUAAUGUGUCAAUUAUUCUGAAUAUUUUGUAUGGAAAGUGAACAGAGCUGUUUCUGAAGCUGACUGUUGACACCUACCCCACUGCAACUUUCAGGCAUUAAAAAAUACACAAUGAAAAAUAAAAAAAUAUUCCAUAUUGAAGCUUUAAGAAACAUCAACUUAACUUUGAUGACGGUCUGUAGUGAUACAUUAUGGAGCCACUUGAUAUCAGUUACAGCCAAAAACACAGCAGAAACGUGUGUCUUUGUAGACUCAGUAUAAACCGCAUUGACCUCAUAGAGCCAGAUAAACCUCUUAUUUUCAGAUAAUACAAACCACGUAACAUUUUUCAUGCACCACUGGCAGAUGAUUUUUAGACCUUACAAGCAUUCAGGUCUGAUUUUUGUUUUAAAUGAGACUAUUUUUCUACCAUGAUGUGAAUAAAAACAUUGCUUAGAUUUAAAUCUUUGCGGUGCAGUUCACCGGCUUACUGCGUCUUCUUGUAGUAAGAGCUGGGAAAACAUUAUAAUGCUGAUUUCUUUCAGCACCCUUACAUGAAAAUAUUGUUUCACUUUUAGGACAGAAACCAAGACAGUAAAGUUGCAGGCUGGACAUCAAAAAAGUAAGCAAGAACUUAUGACAAAACUCUUUAAAGUUGAUAAAAGCUCCAGAUUUAAGUUGUAAUUCUCUGUAUAGUCAUUAGUGUGACCAUACAUCACCCUCUCCUCACUGUGAUGCUGCUGUAACAUAAAACGUAAUCUUAGACUUUGAGAAUAUCCUUCAAAGCUGCUGAAAGAAGUUUCUCCUUUUCAGUUUUUCUCCCAAAACACUGAUGAAAUUCUUGCUUUUCAGAGGAUCAAUCCUUCCCGAUGGGUCAAACAAAGGUUUGUUUACUCCCGAACGAAAACUCACAGUGACACAGUGGAGAAACACCGAGGAUUUUUCCCCUCUGUUGCACCAGCACACCUUGUCGGGGAGCUGAUUGACAUGCUGAUACUGCUUUAACAGCUGACAGGCACAAGCCAGGCAUGAAGCUGCAAAUCAUACCCAAAGGUUUGCUUGUUUGUGGAGGAUGUGAAAAGAGCCUAUGAGAGGGGGAGGAAUACAUAUCAAUAAAAGCAUAAAUCACCCGCGGCAAGAAGAAAUCAGUGACAGGAGAAGAAAGUAACUCCUGGAGAGAUUUUUCUUUUUCUUGUGUUGGCUGUCAGGUAUAACUGUCCCUAUUUCAUGAGAUUAAAAUGCUGAGACAAAUGAUUCUGUCCAUUUUUAAACGAAAUAACCUGAUUUUCAAAACAAAAUUUGAGUAACGUAAUUUAGCACCCUAAGAAAAAGUUGUUUUUUUUACUCAAAUCUAUUUUAUUCAGUGUUUCUUCCGGUUUUAAUCAUCAGGUCCGUUUAUUUUUUUAACAUAAAGAGGACACUGUGAAUAACUUGGUUUGGUCACUUUGAUACUCUGUUUAGUUAGGGCCUGUGUCCACACACAGCAUUUUUUCAGCUUGGAGCGUUUCCUACCCAAAUUAAAUGAACUUCAGCAAUAAGUGCUAAACAGUUCCCCUCAGAGAGAACCGGUUUUAACUAUAGACUGUAUAUAGAAUGGACGCUGUCUGCCUCCUCGCUGGGUGAAACCACUCUGUGAACAGCACUCUCUGGUGACUAUGUUUUCUAUGAUUGACACCUGAUACAGCCUAUGGGCUUGUGAAGUUUGCAUAGAUCACCCCAGAGAUACGCUGUUUGAGUCGAGCGUCAUCACAGCGACUCUCCCGCCUAAUGCGUACAACGCUACUGCGCAAUGUUGGUUUCAGGAAAUGGAGAGAAAACGUGGGAUUACCGAGAGCUUUUGGCCUUAAAUUCGUAUACUGAUGGAAGGUGACCCCAAGUAUAUACAGUCUAUGGUUUUGACGCUGUGCUCCAAGCUGAAAACAGUUCAACUUUAGGAACACCAACACAUGCCUCAAUAUAGCCAUCACUGACCAAUCAAAAUCCAAAGGGGUGUGGCCUCUGAUAUCAACUUUGUCAACAUCAAUUCCACAGUUGUUAUUUUUGGUACAGUUUCCAGAUUCUAAAGCUACUGCUAACACCACAACACAUUUUGAAAACACCCUUUUUCAUGUUUUUGUCAAAUUCCUUUGAAUAAAAUUAUAUAUUUAUUAAAAAUUAAAUAAGAGGCAUACACAACAUUUUAAAAAAGACUUGACAGUUACUACUAAAGGAAAGUGGACCUAAAAUUGCACCACUUUGUAAUCUUGUAACUUUAAGUGCUCAUGAAGAGUGCGCUGAAAUUGAGGUUGUGGGUUCUGCCAUCACAAAAAAUGCGCUAAGUGGAGACAGGCCCUUAAUUGUCCACAGUUCUGUUUACUAUGUAGAAGCAAAAUUAGAUUAAAAAAACUAAAAUAAAACAGAUAAGCGAUUGAGAAGUGGAUACAAUCUGGGUUUUUAACCAAUGAUAUGAGCCGUAAAAUUUUAUGGGCAGCAAAAGUAAACAAGCAAGACGAGCAGCUGCGACACAUCUUGAUAUUUAAAGUGUCGUUUUGGUCCUUCUUGGGUUUCUCUGUCACAGAGUAUGUUAUUACUUGAAAAAUCAUCACCAGCUCUCUAUUAUCACUCACCUAACCUUUAAACACCACACCCACCUUCUUCCUAACCCCUUACUGACCCAACUCCCCCUCCUCCUCCCACCCAUCAGGCCCAGUCUUUAGCACUGGGGCAGUCCUGCUGAUAGGGUUUCACUCUCUCUGGGCUGAAGAGGAGGACGGGCAGUACAAUACAAGCUCUGGGACUCAAAUCUACCUGGAGAUCUAUAGACGUCUCCCUGUUCUGGGACCUUCUGGGACCUGUGUCUUCCUGUAGAUACCCGGGUCUUAGGUAAGAGAUAAGAGAAGUGGAUUAUGAAGUGGAAAAGUUAAUGGAAAAUCUGGUGUCUUUGUAGCCGAAUAAAUCGGGAUCCUUUGUGGAGAGGCCUCUGUAUGUGGAUGAAUUAAUGAAGAAGGAACAUGAGGCAGAUGUUCAGAUGUAAAACCUACAACAUGUUUGUAUUUUAAACUUAAAUCUGAUCAAAAUCAUGACUGUUUUGACUUUUACGAUCCAUGAUUUCCAUUCGUGAAGACUUAAAUUAAAUAUCAAUCAAAGUAAAGCUGGAAAAAAAGUCCCCAGUUGGUGGUCAGCGCUUACCUAACCAUGACUGUGGUGGGUGAGGAAUGUGGCCUGUGUGGUGGAGUUUUUAGUCCUUGGGUAUGGAUGUACUGUAAGUGUGCGUUUGAGAAUGUGCUUACUGAUGCCCUUCCUCCCCAGCUGUCCCCUGGAGAUUUAUCUAGAGCUAAAACAGGCUGGUUGUGGGGGGACAGGAGCACCUCUUCACUCUGAGGGGCAGUAACAGGAGCCAGGCCCUCGCUCUGCUCCUGUAGUCGCCAUCAGCUCGAGGGCCUCCAACUAGUAUUUCCCUGAACAUCCCAAAACACCUGUAAUCUCCUGUUUUUAAUCCACAGCCACUUACUCACUCUGAGGGAAGCAAUUUAAGUGCAAAUCUGCGUGUGCGCGUGUGUUGUCUACUGAUGACAGUCCCACUCACUGCAGCACUAUAGAACAUGUGUUCAUAAAAAUAGCUCGCACAGGACUGAAAUCCCAGGCUAGGAAAUGAGCUUCAAUUACAGCGGAUGAAAAGCAAUUACAUUAACUGUCUCCCAGUGGACGAGGCCUCCAGCUUUUUCUUCUUGUACAGGGACUCACCUACAGCCUUACAUAAUUGCUUUCGACCCGUGCGACAGACAGCAACAUACCGCCUGCCCCCAUCCGAGCGGUUAGUCAAGAGAGACGCGGGCUGCCACCAGGAAUUAGUGUCCUCGGGGGAAUGCCAAGGCUAUGCACAAUGUUUUAAGUGUGCUUAACUUAAUUAGAGAGCCCUGCUCUGCUGCAACUCGUAGAUUUGAGACGUGAUCUGCAAGUUCAUCGGACACAAAUAUAUCUCGGAAAUCAAUUUAGACUUCCUCGUGAAAUAUUUUAAAGCGCUUUUGUUGUAUCGCAUUUCACUGGCUGUCAGUGUCUUGUUGCUAAUUCUGUCAUGCUCUCUGCCAGACCCCCGCGAGAGCAAAUACACUUAAACAUUUUGGGAAUGACUCUUAAGGAUUGUUUCUAUUUAGUUUGUUGUAUCUGUUGCGGUGUUAGAUCGAUUCAAGUCGAAUUAAUUUGGUUACCGAGCAUAACAAAUGUUUAACAAAGUGCACUAAGCAAAAAAAUAGAAAUCCACUUAAAACAAAGUAGGGGCCUUUAUGUCGUCUUCAUUGCUCCACUUUAGAAACAGUUAAUCCUCAGUCGAGUUAGCUUCACUAAUUUAGAGCUAAACACUCUGAAAAUGUAGACUCCCGUAUUUGCUGCUGCUCAAAGGUACCAGUGUAGAUUUAGCGAUAUCGAGAAUUCAGAUUCCAGGUUGAAACGCUACCUUGCUCACCCCCUCUGAAAGUGGCUUUUGCGAAAAAGAAGCAGCUAUGAUGCAUGAUAAAUAUGACAAGUGUUUACCAUGAAAAAACUCCUCUUGAUACAGCUUCUUGGCACACAGCAACAACCACUCUUCUCUUCUUGAUCGUUUUCCCCAACUGGUGCAUUUUUUCAUGAAAUCCAAAAACACAAAUGGCCCUACGUAGUUUGUACAUUCUGUGUUACAGUAGAAACAAAGAGGACCUUCUUCUUAUGCAGAGACAAAAAACUCAAGAACAGAACAACUGUAAUAUUUGGGUGGUUAUACACUAACUCAAAUAAACUUAUGAUUGUAUAUAUUCCAUUUCCAUCAACUCUGCUAAAGUUGCUGCUAAAUACCGCACACUCUGCUUUAAUGUCCUGCUAAGCAUAAGGUUUAGGUGGGCUAAAAUAUAGAUAGUGCAUAUAUUGAAGGUUAGCUGUUAGCAUCCUUUUGACCAUUUCCUUCCAUGACCUCCAAAUCCCCCUGUGACUAGGUGAAAAAGCAAUGACAGGUGUUUGGGCUUUAAGUGUCAUGAAUAUCAUUUGUCUUGUGAUGUUUUCUAUGGGACUGUGAUAUUUUGAUGCCAACUUUGUAUCUGUAACAAUGGGCUAAUACAGACUUGUAAAUUUAACCCUUUAGCUAUUUUAACCCAUCUUUAUAAGUAAAUAGAGUAUGAGAGAUUAUUUUAGCUAAAUAGAGCUUUCUUCUAGUCCAGUCUUCAGUCCCCAGCGUUCAAGUCUGAGUCCUAGUCACUAGUUUCUCAUUGACUUGCAGCUAGAUAAUAAUAAUGCUCAGUCAGUCAAAACUCCGGGAAACUUUAGCAUUUCUCAUGUAAGCUAGCUUGUAGCAGCUCUCGUUCAUUCUCAGAGGUGAUUAGACACUCUUGAAAACGGACAUUCAAAGACCUGCUGUAAGUCCAAACACAGUGAUACUUAUCAACUGAACUUCGUAACUUUUACUGUUCAGAAUCUAAACUUAAGCUCUGCAGGAAGUGGCUCAUACUUCAAAAUAAAAGCAUAACACAAUCAUAUAGGAAUUAAAGCGACUUAAACGCAAGACAGAUACAAUUUCAAAAUAAAAGCAUGACAAAAAUUAUCACAAUAUUAUUUCUUGUUAUUUUUUUGGCCCUGAUUAUUGUAAGAUGAAAAUGUGAUAUCGUGACAGUCCUAAUUGUGUAGCACAAGUGAAACACAACAAAUUUAAGAGAAUAUUUUAAGAAAGAAAACUAUACAUUUCAUAUAAAAACUCGUACAGAACACACAGAAAAUGUUUUAAAUUUUCUGUAAUUGCAUUAACACUUUGUGUAUUUCACAACUUUGGACUAAUGCACAUUUGCUGAGAGGCAGUAUAACCAUUUUAAACUUAUUGCACUGUGUUUAUGCUCAGGUGUUUGGUGCAAAAAAUGUUCUUCAGUCUGUUUGUUUGUGCUUGAAUGAAUUAUUGGGGUACUGCACAGAAAUCAACAUUAAAACAGUGUCUGAUAAUGAAUAACUCCAAGUCUUCUUUCCCAUUUUCCAAGUAAAAGUCUGAGUCAUUAGAGCUCAACUUAUGUGGCUUCAUAGUGAAUGAAUUAGACAAAGUGACUGAGUUUGUUUUCCAGAACAGCAUGUUAAGAUGUUUAUGAGCAGUUUUAAUAAAUCAAUGAUAUCUUCUGUUAUCUGUCUUUUAGCCAUGCCUCUCACAAAUUCUGCCCCUUCUAACAAAAGGAAGGCCAACAGGAUCAUCACUGACCUGUCCAACAUCAGCCAGAACGGUAAAACAAACACACACAAACAACACACUAACAACAUAUUAACACAACACAUGUAGGCUUUAAAACUUCCUCAUCCGCAUUCCUCGACGACCGUCCUCUUCCCUCCUCUGAGUCAUUUAAUCAGAUUGCAAGUUUCUCUCUGCGGUGUCUGCUUUCUGCACAGCAUGUGUAAGUAAAUUAAAACUGCCUGGGUGUAAAUCGCUGCACGAGGCCUUAUACCGCAAUUUAAUAAGAACACACACACACUAACGCACACACACACACACACACACACACACACACACUUCUUAGCAGUAACACAAUAUCUAACAUGCAUGUGGCACCUCCAGGAGGAGUGUGGAUCAUUAUCAGAUGGCAGAGCAGCCACAAAUCUGUCACCAUUAGCGGCAACACAAAAUAGCAGACGGUGAUUCAGCUCACACCAUAUUUGUUUCAGGCUGUGUGGACUGACCAAUGCAACUCUCAAAACCGUGGGAAAAAGUCUUCUUGACACUUGCUCCACGAAUAGAAAAUCUAUUUGUUUUUGUGCUAUUAAAGAGUAAAAGCUAAAUCGCAAUUUAAUGGCAUGUGUAUAAAUUCUACAAGUUUAAUCUAUGCUGCUCUCUCCGUGGAGCCGGAUAAACUCAAUAAAGCUGCAGAAGCGAAUUUUCAAGCACAGAUUUUUGGAUUCAUGAAGGAGACGUGUUUAAUAAAUUUCACCACCACCACAUCGUGACCAUCUGUUCAUCUCACUGUGCAGCUAAACAUUUUACAGAUUUGCAGAACUUUCCUGGAGUUUAUGUUGAUAACUCAAAGUUUCCAAGAAACUGAUCCACAGACUGGAUUUUGGCUGAAUGUGUGCAAAGCUGUAAGCCAAAGCAGUUGAGAAAAACAAAAGUACUGUACUUAACCCUUUAGUGCCUUUUGUAUCAUAUUCGAUGCACACUUUUAUAUACGACAACAAAUUACUAAAAAAACACCUGAAUACAGUCCGAUAAAUUAUUAAAAUGUCCUCUUGUAGUUUCUCAGUUUCCAAAAACAUCUAAUGUAUCAAACAAGAUAAAUUAAUAUAUAUUUGUUCAAUUUUAAGGACAUUUUUAUUUUUUCGGUUUUCAGUUGUGAGUGAAAUAAACGUUUCAGCUCAAAAAAAUUAGAAUUUUCUGGCCAUAAUUUGUGGUGUCAGGCGUUAAAGGGCUACAGGACUAAUUUUAACUAUUUAUUCUCUUAUAUAUAAACAUAGAAAUUAGAGAUGCACUACUGAAUCCUGGACUUAGGAAGUGCAAAAAUCUGCAGUCCCUCCAGCGGCCACUUGAGGCAGCCUCCAAAAGACAAGGAAUCCCCAUAAAGUCCCAUUAAGACACCCAUUUAGUUUUUUAAACAUUUUGGCAAAGAAUAUGUAUUAAUUUGUACAUUUAGAGAUGAUUAGAAAACAGUAAGGAAGAUUUUAUUGAUACUAGGGUGACCAUACAUCUUCUUUUACCCGGACAUGUCCUCUUUUUGGGGGGCUGUCUGGCCUUGUCCGCUUUGUCCGGGGGAGUUUAUAAAAUCCUUCAAAUGUCCAGAGUUUUGUAUGGAAGUUUUUAGUUUGUGUCAUGUGGACUUACUGAGUUAGAAGCACGUAAAAAACAUUAAAUACGACAUGGAAAACUCUCAAAAUUAACUAUGCGCCACUCAGUGACUCUGGCCCCGCGUAGUUGUGUCCUCUUUUCAGGGAUUCAGAAUAUGGUCACUCUGAUUGAUACAGACGCUAACACAAAAAUGAGGUCUAUACAGCUUUCUCCGUUACAGCCAGUUUUCUUCAGCCUCACUUUAAGCGCACCGCUCUUUUGUCUUUCAACAUCACACAAUCAUCAAACGUUGAUGUGUUAGCAGUAUCAUUUCAUUACGCUAGCAUCCUGAUGUUAGCCAUCAGCUUGAAGCAGAGGCCUCAAAGAGCUGCUAGCCUAGCUUUGAGCCCUUAGUCGUGUUUAAAUGUAUUUUGAAACAUUAGAGGACAACAUUCACUCCCCUUAUAAACAACAAUACAUCCUCGAGCAUGCAAUUUGCGAGUGCGCUUGUGUGCAGAUGCUCAUACUCCUCAUUAAUCUGUUGAUGUCUUUCCCAUUUGUGUUUUUUUUUUCAUGUUACCACUCCCUCUCUUCGUCUUUCCAACAGUUUGUUUUCAGUCAGUCAGUCAUUCAGGAGCUUAUCCUGCUUAUCCCUGUUUUUUUUUUUUUUUUUUUGCUCCAGUUAAUGCCCACUCAUCUCUCCAUCAUCCCCGCCUCUGUGUCGCUCUGACUUUUGUCCAUCUCUGCGCCGUCCGUCUGUCCACCUCCUGUCCCUGUCAGUCUGUCCUGUUUCCCCCUAGUCAGCAGCCACCUCCAGUUUCACAUUCUUCUGAAUUAACACUCUAAUCAAUAUCCCCAUGGGAGGCUUUGCUCUUCUGAGCAGCCUCAAUUACUCUCUCUCUCUCUCUCUCUCUCUCACACACGCUUAACACACACCCACUUGCCCAAGUCUGAUUUAUGAUGUACUGCUAACAGCUCUCUGCAGCAUUGCAAUGCCAACUUCCAGCUUUAUAGAUGUGUUCGUGCAUGUGCGUGCUUUUGUGUGUGUGUGUGUGCGAGUUUAUGGCUGGACUCCAGGUGUUAUGAGUGAUAUCAGAGUGUAUAUGUGGUGGAUGAGGAGAGUGUUUUAUGAGCAGCUCUGUGGAGCAGUAAAAUCCAUCAGAUCUCUCCAUCACUGAAAGAGGAGAGAGAGAGAGAGGGAGCAUGUAAGAAGGAUUUCCCUCCAUAAACAGUUCGAGCAGAAAACCCACUCUGACAUUCCCCGGUGCCCUUUUCUUCCAUUUUACUCUGGCCCAGUAACCCAUACGACUCCCUUGGUUUCACACACACACACAUCCCUAAACAUAGCACAACAGGUUUCAACCAUAAUUCAUCAUAACAAGGAGAGCACAGGCGCCUGAGGGUGAAAACACACCUUCGAAUUUGUUCACACCUUCAUAUCCUGUAUUCAAUUUGAGAUAUUCAGAAAACAAUCUCAUUUCCUAAAUGGAAAAAACUGAUAAGAUAAACCUUUAUUCAUCCCACGGUGGGGAAAUUUGAUAAGAAAGAGUGUCGCUAUGAAUGAUUAUUGAAUGAAAUAGUCUCUACAGGAUUAAUGUGGCAGAGAAAAGUGUUAUUUCGCUCAUAUUUGGUAAUUAGCGGUGAGUUUAAUCAAAGCAUAGCCUAGUUCAGUUUAGCUCAAACUUAAUCCAAACACCAUGCAUGUAAAUUGACACUAAAGCAGGGCACACACUACACGUCAGUAAAGACUGGAUUAUCAGAUGGCCCUAAAGUUAAUCUUGCCAGGUUAUCCUGAGGGUGUGAAGUGUGUUAUGAGUGAUUUUUCUUCCCCCCAAUUUCGGGGGAAGACGAUCCAGUCCUCCCCGGACAUGGAAUCGUAAAUUUUAACCAUGUUCAAGAUUUACGAUCAGUAAUCCAUAUGUGUGUGGGGGGGAUCCCAGAGAACGGAUAAUUAUGCUGUCUAGUGUCACAUGAUAGCCAAUCAGGAAGAGAGCUGACAUGUUUGUUUACUCUAAAACCGUAAGAGACUUUACGAGAUUUCCUGGGAUGAGAGUCAGGACUCUUGCCGCUGGUGAAAACUUUGUGUGUUUGGUGUGGAGAAACAAAACUCCUGAAUACGUCAUUAUUUGUUGGGUCUCUGUCGUCAGCCCCCCAUGAUUAAAAUCCACCUUCUUUGUCUGGUCAGAUGAUGAGUCAGACCCUGAAGCAUCUGAGUUCGAUCUGGGCACCAAGAUCAAGACUCCCAAGGACACAAUGCUGGAGGAGCUCUCCCUCUCCAAGAACAAGGGCUCCAAGAUGUUCAGGAUGAGGCAGCAGAGAGUGGAGAAGUUCAUCGUAACCAACGAGAACACGGUAUGAGUGAAGAGCAGGAACUGAUUGUGAUUUCAUGUGUGUGUCAGAUUCAAAUGUUUCUAAUCAUUUACAACCUCUGGUUUUCAGCACAAUCUCGAGAACCUGCUGAUGUCCCCUCCCCCGAUCCCACCAAAGCCUGAGAUGCCCAAAGUGGAAGGUAUAAACAUGGAUGCUCUUUCUCUAUUUACUGCCUGUCUUUAGUAUUUUAGAAACUCCUCUCCUGAGUUUAUUCUCUGUGGUGUGAUUCUUCAGUGGUGGAGGAGAAAAAAGAGGAGAAAAAGGUGGAGCAGAAGAGAAAGGAGGAGUACAUACGCACCUAUGUAUCGCCAUGGGAGAGGGCCAUGAAGGGCAAUGAGGAGCUGACAGCCACCAUGAGGGCCUGCAUGCCGGGACCCAUCAGGAUCCACCCAGAACUCCCUCUGUACAAGAGCUUCAACAGGUACGACUUGAACAAGAGUUAUCCCCACCUUCAUAUGCAGGUUAAAAGUAUGAUAUUAAUCAUGUAAAUAUAGUGAAAGGCAGGAUAUUAAUUAUAAUCACAUGGAUCAAAAUACAAUUGUGGUCAUAUCUUUAAAGAUUUUUGGUCUCCAUUAUUUUCAAAAUUGGAGAAUUUUGUGAAUUUCAACUGUGAAUUUCCCAGUUUGGGAUCAAUAAAGUCUAUGUAUCUAUCUAUCUAUCUAUCUAUCUAUCUAUCUAUCUAUCUAUCUAUCUAUCUAUCUAUCUAUCUAUCUAUCUAUCUAUCUAUCUAUCUAUCUAUCUAUCUAAAGAGGGACCAAUGAUCAUUUGUAAUUUAGUUGGUACAGAUUUCUAUGUAUGCAUGUGUAUGAAUAUGUUCAUAUAAAGCCUAUAUGUAUACACAUUUAGGAACAGUUUGUUGAUAUCAUUGUUGCUUCCUUUUUCUUUUUUAAAAAUUCAUUUAUUUAUUAACUUAUUUUUGUUAUUUUUUUCAUUGUGUUCCUCUUUAAUGAAAUAGUCUGAUUCUGUACCUUGUAUUUAUAUAGUUUAAAAAAAAGAGAAAAAAGUGGACAUUUUUCUUUGGUUGUCAUAUCAUUGUGAAAUAGAAAAGAUGUUUAAAAAAAAAUAUAUAUAUAUAUAUAUAUAUAUAGCGAAAGGAAAGCUAAAAAUAUGUUCAAAUCCUUAGACUCGUCUCACAAGAGCUCAGUACUUAAGUAAACCAACUUGAUAAAACUAACUUUGAUUUGUGGAUUAACUGGACCGCUCCUUUAAAAUAAACCCACACCACCUACAUCAGCAUUGAAAAGCGCCUCCUUCCCUACCUGCGUGUCCAGGCUUUACUCAGCAGAUGACUAGAUUUCACAUAAUGCACCACAUAGCUGACAUUUGGGAAUGCACCAUUAUACUGACCACUAAGACAGCAUCUGCCACAAACGUAAUUAUAUUAAUCUUAUUUCGACCCUUGAUCUCUGUCUGUUGUAAUACUCUUAAUGGUUGUUGAGUACCCCGGUAAGAGCAGCUGUAUCCUCGGUAAUUACUAAUGGGUCUAAAUGAGCAAUAAACUGCGUAUAUGGGAGGAUUAUUCGACAAAGGCCCCCUGUGCACAGAUAUGAAAAAAAAGUUCCCUCCUGACUUAAAGACAUAAUACCUUGGAGAUGUUGUUUGUCAUUGUUUUGUGUCCUUUUCCAGUAGUAAUGCAGUCAUUUUGCAUCCUGUGAGGUUGUUUUGUAUACUUAAGUUACAUUUUUUUUCGUUUUUGAGGCCAAUUUUUAUCAUUUUGUGUCUCUUGGUUGCCAUUUUUGUGUAUUAAUUUCAUUAAGUUUUAAACUGAAAGUGCUAAGAGUCACUUCAGUUCAGAUUUCUGCUCUAUGUUUAUCAUCUUAAUUCUUAAUCCUGUUUGAUGGGGUUACCUUGUCUUUCUUCAUCUUUCUUUUUUCCUCCUCCCCUCUCUCCACAGGACAGCACUGCCAUACGGCGGAUUCGACAAGCUAUGCAAGUCGCUGACCUUCGAACUCCCGGAGCUCAACAUCGCCGACGAGGAAGCGGAGCCUUUGCCUAACCUGCAGGCCGACAUCCGCUCACGCCCCUCAUUUAACCGUACGCCAAUCGGCUGGGUCUGCAGCGAGGACAACUCCCACAUCCACCUGGAAGAGGACACCAUCCCCUUUGAUGGAGAGACAGAUGACCUGUGA